AUGCCGCCGAGGAUAAAUGGCACCUCUGCCUUACUGGCAGCUGACCUGGCGUUGCCCCAACAAGCCAGGUCAGCAGGCCCAUUUGCGCGAACAUUCUCCUCGACACAUUAUCGCGAAAAGAUGAGCCGGGCUCGGCAGCAAAUGUACCAAUGGCUGAAAUCAAGAGACGGCCAAGAGCUGGCAGAGGGUGGCAGGGGCCCCCGAUACUUGGGGCCGUUCCAAGACCAGCCUUUCCCACAGAAUCCAUUGUUCCGCAGCCAGCCGGUUCUGGACGAGCAGACGAGGGAGCUGAUAUGGCAGAAAAUUACCCAGCGAGGAGAAUCCCUCAAAGCUGUUUCGGCCGAGAUGGGUGUGGAUGUGAGACGGGUUGCGGCUGUGGUGAGGCUCAAGGAGGUGGAGAGGCAAUGGGUGAAAGAUGGCAACAAAUUAGCUACGCCGUACGCAAAAGCCGUCAUGAGCAUGCUGCCCAAGACGUCGUAUCGCGAGGGCGAAAAGAACGAACCGCACGAGCCGGUCAACGAGGUCCACGUGCACAAGUUGACCAUGCAGCAAUUAUUCGUGCCCGUGUCCGAGUCGAGGCAAUUUACGCGUGAAGAUGCCGCCAAGGCUUUCCACGAGACGAUGCUCUCGGCGGACACACGGUCUCCGCAGCCGCAGCUCAUCAAGAUGGAGCGCGAUAUUCUCAAGGGCAUGAGCAGGGAGGACAGCAAGAAGAAGUUUGAGGCUGCCGUGCAAAAGGAGGAGGAUGGCGUGGCCAAGAAGUUGGCACAGGAAAAGGCCAAAGAGGAGCAGACGACUAGGCGCGUCAAGACGGACCGGUACGAGUUCCGCUUCAAGGAGAUAGCCGUGGAUGACGUCAGCAGGGAUGGGCGAUCACGCAAGGGCACAGGAUGGAGGUACGGGGCGCCGUUUGACGACCGCAAACGCGGCGUGGUCAAGAUUCCCACGUCGGUUCCUUGA